CCAGCAGGGUAGUGCGCUCGGCGUGAGGCCAGCGCCCGCUCCGCUCCCUGCUGCUGCUCCUCCUCCUCCUCCUCCUCCUCCUCCUCCUCCUCCCCGGCCGGGCCCGCAGGGGACAGCGACCCUCGCCAGGCGGCUCCGUGCCGGCGGCAGCCCCCGCUGAGGAUAAGCAGCCUCUGAAGAUUGAAGGACCUGCUAAAGGGAACACCUGCUUUUGAGGUUGCAGAGGUGCUAAAACAUGGCUGACUUGGAUCACAAUCUCAGCCUCGCAGACGCUCUGACAGAGCCACCUCCUGAGAUUGAGGAAGAAGUGAAAAGGGACUUCAUUGCCACUCUGGAAGCAGAGAAGUUUGACGAUGUGGUUGGAGAAACAGUAAACAAAACAGACUAUGUUCCUCUGCUGGAUGAUGACGAUGCAAAAGCUGGGAGCCAGGAACCAAAAAGCAAAGCCCAUGCAGACAGCAUUCAGGUGGAACAUACUUCAGCUUCUGGGCCAACGGUUCUAGAAAACGGUGACCAUGGAAUAGAAGAUCACCGCCCAGUGUUCCCAGGAGAAAUCAUGGAUGAAAAGCUAUCCUAUAAAGAAUUUCUCGAUCGCAAUGACGCCUGGGCGAUGGACGACAGAGACCUGUGCUUUGAAUCACAGCCGGUGUUCAAACCCAUGGAGAUGGCAGACCCCUUCAGCAUGCACCGAGGGGAGAACCUGCCUGAUUUGUCCUUUCCUGCUGACAUGAAGAAUGUGCAGCUCUUCACGGACCAUGUUGACACUUCCACAGACAUCCAUGCACCACAUGGAUCUAUGAUGGUACCUGAACAACCUUUCUUGGGAUCUCCCUAUUGUCCUGCAGAGGUUCUUGACCCAUCAGCCUUUAUGGGCCUGGACUCAGCUGCAGAAUUUCUGCAAGACAAUGCAGUGCCUGAAGAACAUUGGAUGGGAGCUCAGCAUGAUGUGAAGGGACCAGAUGCCUCUUUCUUUGUUGAGCCAUCAGUGCCCCCCACAGUGACUGAAGCAAAAAAGCCAAAUUUGCCAGAAAGCCCGGCAGCAGUGACUCCUGAUUUUGUUCCUACUGCAAUAACAGCAUCCCCAGAAGGGGCUGAAGCCACUGAUGCAUCAAAAGGUGACAUAUCAGCAGAUGCAGAGUGUGUUCCUGCCUCAGAUGUCUCGUCCAUUUCUGCAGAGAAAGCGGGGUCUGUCCUUGCAGGAGACACCAAGCCUCCCCAAGCUGCAGACGCUGGAUUUGCACCUGCAGCAGAAGCAGAGCCUCCUCAGGCUAUGGAUGUGGGGUUUGCUCCUGCCCCAGAAGCCAAGCCUCCUAAUGGUAUCGAUGCCACGUUCGCCCCAGUGGCGGAUACUGGUUUGAACCCAGAAGCAGAUUCUAAGUCCCAUCACGCUGUGGAUCUGGAGUUUGCUCCAGCAGCAGGCGCAGGGUUUGCCCCGGCAGCAGAUACAAAGUCUCACCAUGCUAUGGAUUUGGCAUUUAGCCCACUAGCAGACACCGAGUCUCAUCAUGCUGUGGAUUUUGAGUUUGCCCCUCCAGCAGAAGCUAACCACCUGCACGCUAUGGAUUCUGGCUUUGCUCCUGUCGCAGAAGCCAAGCCUUUUCCUGCUGUGGAUUCAGGUUUUGUCUCUGCACCAGAAGCUAAGUCUGUCCCUGCAGCUGACACCGAGGUUGCUGCAUCUGAAGAGCUGAUAACAUCUGAAUCUUCUGUUGAGCAUGGCAAGUCACCCUUCCACGAGCCUCCUGCAGAAGCAACUGCAAGCAUGGAACAAGAACUGAAAGGCCCAGAGGCUUGUGUUGAUCUUCCGUUAGAGAAAGCCAAAGACAGUAUUCCAUCUCCCGGCCACCAUGAAGAUCGUCUUCCAGAACAGACAAACCAUCUUCCUGAACCAGCAGUUCCAGUAGAAGCAAAAGAAGUUGUUGCACUAGAAAACAAAGACCUCCUUCCAGAAAAACCUGUUACUACUGUGGAUGUUACUGUUACAGAGAAACAAAAGGAGCAGGCUGAACACAACCAUAUCGAGCAUGCACAACCCCAGCAAGAAAAAGCUCUACAAGAACCUACAGGUCUACCUACUGCACAAAUAAGGCAAGCUAACAAAUCAAGUGACCGCAGGUUUGGCAGAGCAAAACCUGCAGCAGUGCCUAUUGCAGAUGUGCCAGAGGAACGUCUCAUAGGUCUGCCACAGCAGAAGAGCACUGACCCCAGAGUAGACCCCUGUUCGGUAGCGGAACCUGGAUCUGUUGCUGGAACAUCCCCUCGCACUAGGGUUUCACAUAAAAAGGCAACUGAGCAGCCGUCCGGUGUGCUGUCAGAGCUUGCGGAGAGCUGCAGAGAUGCACCCAGGGAGAGCUGGGAUUUGGAAGGUUCUCUGGCUAUUGUGAAGAAAAAGAAAAAGAAACCAAAACAAAAGAGAAACCAGCCGCCAAGAGCAAUGGAGUUCUGGGAUGAAAAUACAGCAGUCUCAAGAGCUCCUAAAAAUUCUCCAGUUGGUGGUGAAUUGCAAAAACCAGAUGUUGGCCCCAUAAUGCCCGCCGAAGUUCACAAAGAGCAGUCAGUUGCCUCAGGAAACAGAGCUUCAGAUAUGCCACAGGAUGCUAAAAUAAUAACUGGAAGUCCCAUCCUGGAUGAUCAAAAUGCCUUCUCAGUGCCAGCACCAGGACAGCAGGCCCAGAAAACCAGCAUGCCAUUUGAGCCAGCGGUGGCUGCAAAAAAUAGAGACUUCAUGCCAACAGAAGACGUGAGAGAUGACAGCUGGAUGUUGCACUCCAAAGGGAAGAGAAAACAGGUUCCCCUCAAGCAGGGAGGCGAGACUAAGCCGGGGGAACCUGUUACAGCAAAGGUGCCAACCAAGCCCGUGGAAAGAAGUUUUCCUGGUAAAAAUGAGAAGGGGGAAUCUGACGAGUCAGGAUGUGCUGGCCUGCAGGCAUCUCUUUCAGAAACGAUCAAUGUAAGCAAAGUAGAAACUCCUUUAGAGAUCAAGCCUUCAGAAACCCUCCUUUCUGACAAGGAUAAGGAAGCUAAGUGCGUAUCUCCCAGGCAUGAAAUACCCAGCGACACUGUCCACCGUGAGCUUCAGACUUCCAGUGGGUCACUGGAAGAAGCAGCGAAGAAAGGAGGUAGUUGUGAAAAAAGCAAAGGGGUUGAAAACGAAUCCUUCAAAGAGCCUGCUCCUCCAGAGGCUGUGGCCCCAUCAAACCAACUUCCUGACAAGCCAAAGGCAGCUGAAGAAACCAAGCCAGUGUCCACUGAUAAGCACACGGCAGUUGAUUUAAGUACUUCAGAGGGAACAUCGAAGACCCCAGCAGAUACUACUAAAAUGGCUGUUACACCAUUAGCUGUACAAAAACCCGAGGACGUUAUUUCUCUGCAAAACAGGAAGGCUGACAGUUUUCCAGAGCAGCCGUUUCUUCUAGCAGCUAAGCCUGAUGCAGCCAAACAUCCUGCUUCUGCUGAAGCAGCAGACGGAGCUAGAGUAGCAGAUUCCCCUGAUAAAAACAAAGGGGACGGAUUUAUUGCGUUAGAGCAGCAGACUGGAAAAGAUCUCAAUAUUGCUCAUGGGAUGGACAGACCUAAAAAAAAGCGUGGUGAAGGGAAAGUCAAAAGAAUCAAAAGUUCCUCUGAGCAGGUAACUGUUUUGGAGGAUGUAGGCAAACCUGCUGAUGGAGUGAAGGCAGAUGAGACCAUAAAAGAAGCAACUUUCUCUGAUAAGGGCAGGGAGGCUGGUUUUCCUACAAGAGGACACCCAUCAGCAAAUGCACAUACUUACCCUGCAAAAACAGCAGACAAGCCAAAAAAAAGAGGUAGUGAUGGAAAAAGUAAAAAAGGUGAAAAAGGUUUUUUCCAGCAGCCUUUUCUUGAGAGUAAGAUGGACCUUGGUAGUCUUCCUGCCAUAAGUGAUAAAACUGAGGAAGUCGGUGAUAAAGGUGGCGAGAGAGGCUGUAGUGCUGGCUGUUUUCAGGAGAAUAUAUUGGAUGGAAAUGAAAUACAGAGGCCUGUUGAACUAAUAACAGAGGGGCCUAAAGAGAAUGUUGGAAAAAGUGAAGUGGCUGCUGUGGUUGCUUUAGACCAACCGUGCUUUCUGGAGGGUAGGGGAGAUGAGACAAAGCAUCUUGCUAUGGCUGACACGAUCAGCAAAACAAAGGAGGUAAAUGUGAUGGCUAAAGGCAAAGAGGCUGGACUUACUUCUCCAGGUGAAUUCGUUGUGACAGAUUCUGAUGCAAUGUUGGUGGCAGACAAACCUAGGAAGAGGUGUAGUGAUGGGAAAAGGAAAAAAAGUGAAAAAAGUUCUUUUGGGCGGUCAGCUGGCCUGGACACCAGGGUGGAAACAACCAAUGUUCCAACCAAAGAGAAGGUGGCAGGAAAAACAGAGGAAAUGACCUUUGGUAAAGAUAAGGCAUCUGAUUUGGAAAGAGAGGUUUUGCUGGAGAACCUGACAGGAGUAGCCAAAGAGGUGUUGGAAAAGCCUGAAACAGAGGGUGGUGAUAGGAAAAGUUCCUCUAACCAGCCAGUUCUUUCAGGUCAUAAAACAGAGACAGCAGAGCCAGAAACAGCCAGCACUAAAGAGACGUGGCCCGGUACUAAAGGUAAGGAAAUAGAUGUUAAAACAGCUGAGCUUCUGCCAGAGCAUAGGGCAGAUGCAGCUACGGCAUGCGGUCCCGUCAGGAACCUGGUGACAGACAAGCCUAAGAAAAAAGGUAGAGAUACGAAAGGCAAAAAGGCUGAAAACAGUCCUGAGCAGUCUGCCGCAGCGGGUCCGGGUAACAUCCCUGCAGUAGUCAAAGAGGUGGGAAAUACUAAACAAACUCAGUCUUCUGCUAAAGACAAAGAGAAUAAUUUCAGUACUUUAGUGAGUCUGCUAGAUGAGCCAUCUGGUACAAGUAAGGCACAAGCUCCUGCUGCACCUCUGGAGCCAGAAAAAUUGAGCACAAAUAAUAAAGAGAAGUGUAAAAAGGUGGAGGCUAGCUUGGAGCAGCCGUUUCUUUUGGAGCCCAAAGCAGGUGCAGAGGUGUUUCCUCUUUGUGACAAGGAGACAUCUGCCAAAUCUGAAGCAGAAAGUCCCACUCCUUGUAGCACUGGGGUCGGACUUCCUAUUCUAGAGCACCCAGCAGUGGCAGAUCACAGCUCAGCCACAGCUACUGAUAGAUCUAAAAAGAGAGGUAGUGAUGGAAGAAGUAAAAAGUCUAAAAAUGCCCCUGAGCACCUUGCUUUUCUAGAGACAAAAAUGAACAAGAGUGAAGCGCUGCCUCCCAUGGGACCUGAGAUGGAAUAUGGAAUGGAAGAAAUGGAUUUUGUAGAUGAAAACAGAAAUAUUAAAGGUUUUCCCGUUGGCCCUCAAAUGCUUUGGAAUAAUAAAGGAAACUACCCUGAAUCCUUUGCUCAGGCUGCAGUAAGGGGCCCUGAUGACACUGGCAAUGUUUCUUCUGGCUUCCCAAAGCGUGCAGAGAGGGGUACAGGAGCUGAGGAGCUUCCUUCUCCUGAGAUGACAGCAGAGAAGAGCAGCAAAUCGCCUGGACCUAGUGCUAAGGAGGGGAUCCAGAUACAGAAAACUCCUGAGCAACCAGACAAUUUGAGACAUGAGGAUCCUGGAAGAGAGCUUUCAAAGAAAGAGAAUGAUAAAACUGAAGAGACUGCUUCCCAGGGUGGUGUUGAGGCAGGUAAACCACUUUCUCUGGAUCAUUCAGUUAAACAGGACAUUAAAUCAAAACAGGAUGAAGUUUACCUUUCUCCUGUGGCAAAGGUUGAUGAUAAAGAGAUAAGAACCACUGAUAAAAAGCAAAUCACUGACAGCACUUCCUCUGACCUUCCUCAGAAGGUGGCAGAUACAAAACACAGACCAGCUCCCCUAGGUGCCAAAGGGACAGAGAAACUAGAAGAAACUGUCUCUUUUGGAGAGAAGGACACGGCGAUACCAGAGAGCAAGGCAGAUGCAGCUACAUCACAGGUGGUGGAAACACUGAUGGAGAAGAAAGCCGAAGAGGUUGGGUUGGAUGGAGGCAAGAAUAGCGAGCAGGGCUCGGCGAAGUGCCCAGGCAGUUUAGACAAGAAAGUAGCCGAAGCAGAGGUAGCUGGUGUAAAUCUAGCAGCCGCCCAAACAACCCAAGUCAGUCCUGAAGGUAACAGCGAAGCUCAUCCUCGCCCAGCAGAAGGGGAUGCUGCUCACCUGAAGGAUGGCCCAGCACUGAAGGCUGGGGGAGAUAAAGACACAAUUAAAGAAAAUGAAGAGGAGUCUGAACAAAAAGCUGGAAAGGAGGCAAAGAAAGAGAGAGUUAAAGCAACAGAACAGCUAAAAGGCUACAUGAGACCCACAAAGUCAAGAGGGGUGCCGACUCUGCCAGCCAGGUCUGCUGCUCAAGACCAGGAGAGACAAAGGCAGCUGAGAGCCACUGGUAUGAGCCGGCAGAGGCAAGAAAAAGCAAAACCAGAAGAGCCCAAACCAGCUGAAGCCGUGACAGGGAAUGAUAUCACAGCGCCUCCAAACAAAGAGCUUCCUCCCAGCCCUGAGAAGAAGACAAAGCCUGCAGCACCCACACCAUCAGCAAAGCCUGCAGCAACGAAAGCCAGGCCUCUGUCCGCUACCAGCCCCAAGCGGCCAGCCUCUGCCGCACCCGCCCAAAACAAAAAGCCCACGAGCCCUACUGCAGGUCCUACUACAGCCACUACUCCUAAACGCCCUGCCACCAGUACUACACGUCCCUCCACCUUAACUCCAAAAGAGACUAAACCAAAGGUUACAGAUGCAAAGAGCCCAGAUAAGCGGACCUCACUUUCAAAGCCUCCAUCAUCUGUCACUCCUAGAACUACUGCCAGGAGCACCCCUGCUGCUCCUAAGACAACAGCAGCAUCUCCAGUCACGGCAGCUGCUGGGGCAAAAAGUACCGCUACUUCUCCACCGAAGAGGCCAACAUCUAUCAAGACUGAAACAAAACCUGCAGAUGCCAAGAAGACCGCUGCAAAGUCACCGUCAGCAGACUUGGCCCGCCCCAAGAGCGCUUCUGGAAAUGCAGUAAAAAGUAGUGCCACCACUCCUACCACCACCUCAAGCGCACCUAGUUUACCUGGAGCAGCCACCAGCCGUCCCAAACCCAAGCCUGCUGCAACCAAACCCACUACGACCUCAACUGCAACUGCGGAUGCUAAAAAAACAACUGCUAAGGCUCCAACUAAACCCAGCACUGUUUCCAAGCCUCCUCGCCCAACCAGCAGUGUUUCUGCUCCAGAUCUGAAAAAUGUACGUUCCAAAAUCGGAUCAACAGAUAAUAUUAAACAUCAGCCUGGUGGAGGAAAGGGGAAAGUAGAGAAAAAGCCAGAAUCAGCUGCUGCUGCACGAAAGUCUGAACCCAAUGCGGUCUCUAAAAUGGCUACAGCUAAAACAACCGUAACAAAAGAGGGUGCCCCAAAACAGCCCAAUGGGAAAGUCCAGAUAGUCUCCAAAAAAGCGAACUACAGCCAUGUUCAGUCCAAGUGUGGUUCCAAGGACAAUAUUAAGCAUGUCCCUGGAGGUGGGAAUGUGCAGAUCCAGAACAAGAAAGUUGACCUUUCCAAAGUGUCCUCCAAGUGUGGCUCGAAAGCAAAUAUCAAGCAUAAGCCAGGGGGAGGAGAUGUCAAAAUUGAGAACCAGAAGCUGAACUUCAAGGAGAAGGCCCAGGCCAAAGUGGGUUCUCUGGACAACGUGGGACACUUGCCAGCAGGAGGAACAGUGAAGGCUGAGGGCAGCGCGGAGCCAGGGCAGCUCCCGCCAGCCCCUCAGAACGGAGAGGUGCCGGCGGCCCCGGCAGGCAGUGAGAUGCGGGAGAAUGGCGUAGGGCCGGCAGUGCCCACUGCCCUGAGCGGUGGUGACCAAAGGGAAAUUCAGAGCUUCGAGACUCAGAUACAAGAAACAAAUUGAAUCUCACAAGCUGACGUUCCGUGAGAAGGCCAAGGCUCGAACAGACCACGGAGCGGAAAUCGUCGUCUCCAAACCCCCCAACCUUUCCAGCAGCACCUCCCCCUGGCGUAGCACAUCCGUCAGCGAGAGCCUGGGCUCAGUCGCCUCCUUGUCACCGCUGCAACAGCCAGCUCCCCUUGCAGCGCUUUCUCAGCAAGGCUUGUGACACCCCCCCCCCGGCCCCGUCUCCCUCGCGCUCCCCCCAGUAACGCAGCUUGGCCCUCUUAACCCGGCGUCUGGCUUUAGGUGGGAAGGGGACAGUGUUUAGCAGGGCUAGCGUCCCUUUCGGCGGCGCCUCCUCUCGGGUCAGCGCCGUCUGGUCGGCCGUAGGCACGGGAGCGUCCUGGCCGCUCACCCCCUGCCCGAGCGUGUCAGCCUUUGGUCCCUUUUGGGGCUGGGAAGGGCUUCCCUCCCUCUCUUUGCCUCAUCCCUUUCGCUGUUAGGAGGAUCCUAGAGGGAGUGGUAGUCGUGUUUCGGGGACGGCACCCAGCGACUUCCAGCCCACGGCCGCUGUCCCGGCGCGCCGGGGCUGGCGAGCGGGAGGUUCGGGGAGAAGCGCGCCUACGCUGCUGGUGGCUGAAGCCAGGCCAGAGUUAAUAGGGAUAAGCUGUGAUCUUUCUUUCUUUUUAAGAAAAAAAAAAACAAAAAACUUUUCCUCCUUGCUGCUUCAGUUUCUGCUGAUCCUGUUUGAUGAUGAUAUAUAUUAUACACACACGUUAGGCUGUUUUAACUGUUGACUUUAGCCUUUUAUUCUUUGUGACAAUGUGUUGAUGAUUUAUCGUGCUACAAACCCAUGCUAAGUUUCCUUUUCUCUUUCCUUCUUUUCCUAACCGUAGGAGAGUAGAGACAUUAACCGCUGCUGCAGUGCUGGCUUCUUAUUGACAUAUCCAGCAAUUGUAACUUUUUGUUGUUGUUUUUUAAUAUUUUAAAACGAUGGAGCAAAAUUCAUGGGAUUAAGCCAUGUCUGAAAUGAAAGGCACAAGAAUGUGUUAAGGAAAACUCCUUGCUGUAACAGAUCAUAUGAAGCCUGUGUUGACUGCAACGAGAUGAGUUGAAUCGAUGCUCAUAAAACCUCCUGUAGGGCCAAACCGCCAGCCCUAGAGGAUGCCGUAGCACCUUCUGUGGAUUAGCAAGGCAAAGACGGUUUAUUUAUUAACUCGCAUAGCCAAAGCCCUGGCUUUUUUUCCAGCCAGGGCCCGAGGUCUGGAGGAAGGGCAGGAGGCUGCUUUCGCGGUGGAGUUGCAGGUUAACGCGGGCCGGGAGUUCUGAGGCAAGCAGGUCUGUGGUGCGUGUGUUGUUUUGACCGAGGCUGACGUGUGGGGAACCACGCCGUCAGGCUGAACGGGGCUGCUGGGGGCCGCGGGGAGGAAGGAGCGGCCACCGUGCGCCCAGGGCACGAGGCAGGGAUCGCGGGACGUCUGUGGAGGGCUGGAGGGGGGCAGCGCCCCGCUGGGGCCGGCAGGUUUGUAGUGCCAGGGAGCUGCAGCUCUGACUCGGGAGGGGAUUGCUACGUACUCUUUGAGGCUCUUGAGCUCCUCGUUUGAUGUUGCAAAUGACACUAAAAAAAAAUGAAAUGUAAAUAAAUUAAAAAAAAAAAAAAGUGUUCUUGGGUCGUCAAACUAAUUUAAAGCAAAAAAAAAAAAGGCGGAGUAACAAAACACUGGGAUCAAAGUCAACUGAACCAGGCGUGUGCUAAGGGGGAGCUGAUCAAAGGAGGGGACAGAGGGAAGCCUGCAGCUUCUCGUGCUUGUGGGAAUAUUUCUUUGGGAAAGCCGACAAUGACACGAUAACCCGGAAUCUGUAUUUACACACAAAGAUUCUUAUUGCACUUGUAUUUUUUAUAUUAAAGUUUGCAUGAUUUCUAAUAAAAUGGCAUUAAAAUGUA